AUGGGGAAGCAUUUGAGACAAGCGACUAGAACAGAACGUUCUGAAGACUUUAAAAGCCGGGCUCGUGAGAGUGAGGAGAAGCGCUCCACUAGGCUUGAAGCGGUUGCUAGACAGGUCGCUAGAAGACGAGCUCGUGAAACUGACGAGGAGCGUGUAGUCAGGCUUCAACAGAUGGCUACACAUGUUUCCGAUAGACGAGCUCGUGAAACCGAUGAGGAACGCACUCUCAGGCUAGAAGCGAUCUCCUCACGUGUUUCUGAUAGACGAGCUCGUGAAACUGACGAAGAGCGUGUUGUCAGGCUACAAGCCAUGGCUACACGUGAUUCCUAUAGACGAGAUCGUGAAACUGACGAGGAGCGUGCCGCUACUCUCCGAUUAGUCGCUGAACAUGAUUAG